AUGGUCCAGUUCGCUUUAAAGACGGCCAUUUUGGCCUUCCUCCAUGCUGGGCUCGUCUCCUCCCACAUGGAGAUGUCGUGGCCACCCCCACUUCGGUCCAAGAACAACCCCUUUGCUGGAGGUAAUAUCGACUACAGCAUGACCUCUCCUCUCAGCCCAUCCGGCAGCGACUUCCCUUGCAAAGGCAGUCUCAAUCUCCUCGGCUCUGACGCCGCGUUGCCAGUGACCUCCUGGCAGGCUGGUCAGACGUAUAACCUGACUAUCAACGGCGGCGCCAAUCACAAUGGCGGAAGCUGUCAAGCCUCUCUUUCCUUUGACGGAGGCAACACCUUCACCGUCAUCCACAGCUACAUCGGUGGCUGCCCCCCCGCGGGUGUGUCUGCCUAUGACUUCACCAUCCCUGACGAUGCUCCCUCGGCGGAUAAUGCCAUCUUCGCCUGGACCUGGUUCAACCAGAUCGGAAAUCGGGAGAUGUACAUGAACUGUGCUAUUGUCUCUAUCGAGGGCAGUGAUGUUUCCGCUGCCUCGUUCAGGAGCCGACCGGAAAUUUUCAAAGCCAACGUCGGAAACGGCUGCUCUACCUCCGAGGGCACUGACGUUGAAUUCCCCAAUCCUGGCCCCGACGUCACCAUUGAAGGCACCCCGACCACGCCUCCUUUGGGAAGCUGUGGCAGUGGCAAUGGCAAUGGCAAUGGCAACGACGAUGGCGACGCUGACGGGGGCGAUGGCAACGACGGUUCCUACCCCGGCGACGGCUCGAACCCUGAUAAUGGCUCGAACCCCGGCGUUCCGAAUACGACCACUGUUGAGCCUGCUCCGGUUCCGUCACAGCCAGCUGUCGAGGAGCCUGACCAACCGGUUCCCGAGUCGCCCAGCACCACAACGUCACUUCCUGGCGGCGUCUUCAUCCCCGUUCCGAGCGAUGCUCCUCGACCGGAGCAGCCUUCUACCCUGUCGACUGUCACUAUUCCGACCACCACUGCUUCUCCCCAGCCCACUUCUCCUCCUGCCGAGGAAGACUCGAGCGAUGAUGUCGUCGACGGUACCCAGAACCCGGGAACAGCGUGCACCAACGAAGGCCAGUGGAACUGCGUUGGCGGCACCCAUUUUCAGCGCUGUGCCUCAGGGGUUUGGUCUGUACUGAUGCAAAUGGCACCCGGCACCACGUGUGAGGCCGGAAUCAGCGAGACGCUUGUCAUGACCAGGAAGAGAGGCGGUGCCCGCCGUUUUCUAUUCCUUCGGCACAUCGUUCAUCUAAGCGGGGAGGUAUUUGGAUCGUCACGCAAGGCCGAUGACGGUCGGUUGCAUUUCAUCAGGUUGAUGGUGAAGUACUUCGUAUAUCGUUGCCAGAUGGGACUCGUCUAUUUCUUGGGAAGUAGGUUCCAAAGUAAGUACAAGGUGCGCCAAGAGGUCGACGCGUCUUCCCUUUUGGACCGUGAAAUACUCGUAAAAUACACUGACCGUUUCGACGCCCCUGAGGCCGCCCACGCCACCUUGUGUCACGGGAUAAGCGACAGUCUAAGAGAGGAGAGGAGAUCAUACGAAGUUUCCGUAAUUAAGCCACAAAAACGCCGCAGGGAGAUGAUGGCUGCGCCACCGUCAGCCUCUCCUGAUGCCCGCACUUCCCCGCUAGUUAAUUUGCUCCGAACGGUUGUCGCGCAUAUAUUUGACUUGGAGACCCAAGAAUCCAAGCAGCUGCUGCCAGAUUCCAUGACCGGGCCAACGUCCCCGGGCGCCGAGGGCCCCACGUUUGCCCCGCCGCAUCUCCCUCCAGGCUGGAUCGCGCAGUGGGAUGGAGCGAGCAGGAAAUACUACUUUGUCCAGCUAUCGACGGGAAUUUCGCAAUGGGACGUCCCUACAGAAGCCGCGCCAACAGGCAGCACACCCGCCCCGGUUGGAGAACACCCCUAUGGCAUCCCCCCUCAAAGGGAACUCAUCACCCACCCCGACGGGAGUCAGACGCUUCGCUAUGCUGACGGUACGAUGGAGCCUGUGAACCCGCCUAUGCCGCCAGACGGUCCGACUGCAAGAGGUGGUGAUGGGCCGGUCGGUGACCGCGGGCUUGGGAGCAUGGCGAUGAAUAUGUUGCUAGGAGGCAAAGACUCGGGACAUGGGGCCUCCGGAUCAAAUCCCCUCGGAAACCUUGCUGGUCAUAUCAUGGGAGGAGGCGGGAACCACAAUAGUCACGGAGGAGGUGGUGGAGGGAAGAAUCCGCUUGGGAAGAUUGGAGGUGCCUUGACCUCAAGUCUUCUCCAUACAGGCGGGGGAAAACCUGACCAGCCUCAGAGUUUUCACGGCGGGCCGGUCGCCGGCCAGCAGCAACAUCACGGCCUAACAGGGUCUAUCAUGGGCGGCGUGGCUAACAUGUUUGGUGGAGGCGGCAACCAGACACAAGGAGUGAGCAUCCAUCACCCUACGAGUCCCAUCUCGAAUUAUCACUUGCGACUGUCUACCUAA